GCCGAUUUUGCUUGCUGAGACCUUCCCGAAAACAUCGUUCUCCAGGAUCGGUGACGGCACUUGUGGGUGAGAGUGGGGUCUAAGUUGCGGAAACUCGGGGUGGCUGGAGAAAAUGUGGAUGCUUGCUCGGCUCGGUAGGCUCUUGGCUUGCUUUGUCGGUCCGAGGAGAUCACUUCUUUCAUCAUCGCAAGACCCGAGUACAAUCUUAGGGCGUGCCCAAGGCUUUUGCUGUAACCUAUUACGAGAGGGAUUCGACUUCGGCACAGCACUCCCGUAUCAGACCAUCUGUGAUGUACGGUCAGUCACAUCCUCAAUUGAAAGGCCACCGAUGACCCUAGAGCCUCACUAGGGAAGCACAUGUGAUGAAAGUAGUAGCGCGACGAACAAGUACGGGUUGAUGGGUAUGUCUGAUAUAGCAUGAG